AUGCUUCACUGGCAAGUUUUCGGAUUCAUCGCCUUCCUGGUUGGCGAGGUGUUCUCCAGAUGCACCGGUGCUCACUGCGAUAAAUUUUCUUGCGUGUCAGAUUUCUAUGUGCACCGCCCACUGGAAGCUUUUCAACGACCUGGUCUAACGUUCAAUUCUCUAUGCUCCUGCGAACAGGACUGGAAUUCAAUGUUCUGUAAUCAAACAGUAACUGAUGUACGAGAAAAUGUUGUUCCUCUCCCAACAGUUUGUGUUUGUCGAAAGUUUAAUGACCAUGGAGCCAAAUGUGAGCAGUUUAUGACGAGAUGCUAUCCAAGGAAAAACAAUGAAUGCUCAUGUUGUUUCAACCAACCAAGCCAAUGGUGUAACCAAGUCAAAUGUAAAAAUCGCGAACCCGAUUUCUCGAGCGCGAAUACGACGUGCGUGUGUCAUCACAACCCGGCGGAUUAUCCAUAUGACAUAUGCAAAAAUUUGUUCCCAAGGGAUAGUAAUUUUGCGAAUCGUCAAGCGAUACUAGAGAAUCGGGAGAGGUCACAAGGCACAGUUGAGUACGUAGAACUUCUCGGCAAAAAAGUGUCCACGUCGGUUGUCAGCUACAUAAUUGUGGGGUUAUUGCUGUCAGUUUCAGUUCUGACUCUUGUAAUGCUUGUCCUUGGUGGAAAACGGCUUCGACAAAAACGAGCAGAACGGCAACGCCAGAUUCGGUUAGCCAGAGAAACGUUGAUUCUCCAGAGGGCAGAUGACGAUAGAUACUUACCGUCUGCUUGA